AUUUGGAGGAAAUAGCAAUGAGACAGAAUCCCCACAUGAUGUCUAGAAACAGACAUCCCCCUAUGUAUGCUGAACCAUUAAGGUCACAAUCAGUUGAUGGAUUUUUCCUACCUCCAAGACCAAUCAUCAGCAAUCUGCCGCCAAUGAGCCAAAAUAUUCAAAAUUUUCAUCCAAACAUGACUUCUCGCAACAAUACGAUGUCUGAAGAAAUGCAGAAACAGUUCGAGAAACAAAGAAUAGAUCACAAAGAAAUCAACAACUCUAGUAAUUACUCCCUCUAUUCUCAAAAAUUGUCCCAGUACAAGAACGUGGUCCUUCCUGGCUCAAGCCAGAAGAGAGAUAAUAGCCAGAACAAAUGUAUGAAUUUUAAUGAGAACAAGUACAAGAUCCAGCCUGGGCCUAACGCCCAGGCUAAAAUCCGUAAAAUACUUAAUAGAAGAUGAAAGCCAGACUCUGAAUGAAAUGAAAGCCCUUUGGUCCCUCCUCAGCCAGCUCCAAUGGCGAUGAGCAUACAGAAAUUACAAGAACAAAUUGAAGAUCUGAACGUAAUCAGAGAUGAAAAUAAUAAAGAACUUAUCAAGCUAGAAACAGACCUCACUGCCCAAACAGAAAGAGCAGAGAAAGCUGAGAAAGAAAGAGAUGAGCUCAUAGCUGCUCUGAAUGACCUCACUGAGAAGUGUAAACAGGUAGAAGUUACCUGAGAUAGACUUGAAGCUGACAACAUCAAACUUACCGACCAACUCGAGGCCUUAUCACAAGAGAGUUACCAGAAUAAUUCACUCGAGGAGAAAAUUAAGACCCAAAAUACCAUGAUUAGCCAGCUUAAAGAAGAAGUGUCCAAUAAAGAUCAAUGGGGAAAUGAACUUCUUGAGAAAUAUGAAAAAUCCCUUAAUGAGAUCUCAAUUUUCAAGAAGACUAUGAAAGCACUUGACAAAGAGAAAGAGUCUCAGAAGCAGGACUAUCAGGAAAUAAUGAGCAAAGUUAAGCAUAAGUAUGAGAAAAAGAUUAAUGAGCUCAAUUCAUCUAUAAAGAUCCUCACUCGAACAAUGACUCAAUUUGAGAAUGCACAGAAGGAGAAAUUCGAUAGUAUCUACAAUAAAUGUCAGAAAACUCUUGAGCAGGAUUUCGAUCUCUCAAUGUCACAUAGCUUUGAUCAUGGAGCUGUGUACAACAAGAAGCCACCUAUUGGAGAGAGUUUUCAAGAACUUUCAGACAAAGAUAUCCUUGAAAAUGACACUUUGUUCAUCUCGCCCAGCGAACCAAGCAAUGAAAACGAGAGAAUUCAGAGGUUAAUAAAACAAGAGAAAGAAAAGAACAGACUUUUGAUGCAAGAACUAAGCUGAUUUGAUGAAUAG